AUGGAUCCUGGCCUGGGCAGGUCCUCAGCUCUGCUUGGGUUGCCUUACAGUGAGACAGAGCUGCUCCCUGUCCGUAUUCUGGAGGUGAAGUCCACACUCCCAGCUCCAGUUAGUUCAGAGGGUCUCAGCCCCUGGGAUCUGCCCUUUCCUGCCUCCUUCAGGGCUCUGAAGCACAGAACCCAGAAUCCACGAUCCACCACCAGAAGCCUGACAGCUCUGCUAACUCCAUCAAGGCUCAUACGGCAGCAAAGAAGUCAGGAACUAAAACAAACUAAGAAGUGGCUGAAGAUGCUCAGAGACUGGCCAAAAUACAGAACAAGCAAGAAGCUCUCCCACAGAGUGUACAAAGGCAUUACCCUGACAGUGAGGGGCUGGGCAUGGUCACUUCUGCUAGACAUUGACAAAGUCAAGGCUAAGAACUUGGGGAAAUAUCAGGUCAUGAAGGAGAAAAGCAAGAGUUCCUCCAGGAUCAUCGGCCUCAUCAAGCUAGAUGUCAAGCACACCCUCCAGAACCACAAGAUGUUCAUAGAAGGACUCGGGGUCAAAGGCCAGGAAUUAUGUGAUACUCUCAUUGCCUAUUCUGCAUAUAACCCUCUUAGGAGCUUGGCAGGGUCCCACACAGGAUGGCCCUCACAGGAGAGUUCCAUGAAGGAAGUCACAAGGAAACACUGGGAGCUGCCACUCCCAGGUGGGCUCCAGCACCAGGUCCCCUCUCGAGUCACCCUGUCCCUAGAGUGCCUCAUGAAGCUUUCCUGGAACACCAUCCUGGAGUUUCGGGAGCGGCUCUCUCAGAGCUGGGCUCUGGAGGACAAUGCCAUCCUCAGGAACCUUCAGGCCUCCAUGAAGGAACUCAUAGGGACACACUGGGACCUGCCACCCCCAGGGAGCUUGCUACAAAACGCACAUUGCUAUACCACAGCCUGGGUUUUGCAAUCCAAGCCUGGCAAGGAUUCCUUCACGUCAAGGGCCUCAAGUGACUUUCAUGUACACUCAAGUCAGAAGGCUGUCCUGAAUCCUGGUUGUCUCCUUUAUGCCCAGAGAAGAAGGAGGGGUCAACCAGCAGCAGGCCAGUCACAGAAAGGGAUCAAAUUUGAGUGCAUGGCCUUCCUGACACCCAGGUGUCCCUGAUUACACCCUUGCCAGUUCCCCUUACAAACACUUCUGUAAUAAGACUCUUCCCCUAAGUUACAAUGGAACAAAUUUUUUCCUAAAACAGGGAGGGCUCUGUGCUGCCCUCAACGAACAAUACUGUUUUUAUGCCAAUAAGUCAGGCCUUAUCCAGGACAGCCUCUCUUUAGUCAGACAAUAUUUAGAAACCAGAAAACGGCUCUGGAAAGCCUCAGAAAACUGGCAUCAAAAAUUGUUCUUUUGGUCCUCAUGGCUUACUUCCCUGGUUACUGCAAUAGUGGGAUCUCUAAUCCUACUUAUACUAGGACUCAUGUUUGGACCUUGCCUCCUAAACCAAUUACUCAACA